UGAUAGCACUAUGUGCCAGGUAAAACCGUACAUGUGACGGAAAGUUUGGCUAACUCGGGUUUUAUCCAACCUUGGCGGUGGGUUUAUUUUUUCUUGAAAAGAGAGAUUGUGAGUUAUACGUUUUUAUUUUUGCUGGAAAUAAGGACGUUGGAUAUUGUGGACAACGGAUAUAUAACUAACAGCUGAAUUUACGAGAAAUGGAUUCCAACGGCAUUGCUGAAAAGCAAGGUUUGGAGGGGGAUACAGACCUGCAGUUCUUAUUGAAUGGCGGUGAUCUUUUGAAAGUGCGUUCAGGCUCGUGGAAAAAGAUUCGCUACUUCAAGCUGCAGGAAGACUGCAAGACCCUGUGGCAUGAAUCCAAAAAAACCCUGAAGUCCAAACAAACAUUCUCUGUUGAGGACAUCGAGGCGAUACGAACAGGCCGACAGACUGAAGGUUUAAAGAAGUACACAGGAGAUGCACUGGAGGGUCAGGCAUUCUCUAUCUUGUUUAAGGGGCGGCAGAAAAGCCUGGACCUGAUCGCCAACUCCGAGGAUGAGGCCAAGAAGUGGAUCAAUGGUCUGGAAAAGGUCAUAUCAAACAUGAACAAUCUCAGUCCGCUCAAGAAGACCGAGCACUGGAUCUAUAGCUGCAUGCGAAAAUCAGAUAAAGACUUUGACAAGAAGAUGAGUCCAAAAGAGCUGAAGAGCUUUCUGCAAAGCAUCAACAUUGAGGUGGAUGAUGACUACGCCAAGAUCCUCUUUGAGAAAUGUGACACGUCAAAGUCUGGAUUCAUAGAGGGAAAGGAGAUUGAGCGUUUCUAUAAAAUCCUGACGCAUAGGGAAGAGAUUGAUGUCAUCUAUGGAGAAUACGCAAAGACAGGCAGUCUCAUGAGCACCACUGACCUGCUGAACUUCCUGUUGAAGGAGCAGAAAGACAGUGCAUCUCAGACCGAUGCUCUUCAGCUGAUUGACAAAUAUGAGCUUGACGAAGAUGCCAAAGCAAAACAGCUCAUGACAAAGGAUGGCUUCCUAAUGUAUCUGCACCAGCCGGAAGGCCUGAUCUUUAACCAGGCCCAUAAAAGCGUUUACCAGGACAUGAACCAGCCUCUCAACCAUUACUUCAUCUCCUCUUCUCACAACACGUACCUGAUGGAGGACCAGCUUAAAGGACCCAGCAGCACUGAGGGUUACAUAAAAGCACUUGUUAAGGGCUCCCGCUGUGUGGAGAUGGACUGCUAUGAUGGAUCAGAUGGAGAGCCGGUCAUUUAUCAUGGAAACACUCUCACCCCAGAGAUCUUCUUUAAAGAUGUGAUACAAGCCGUUAAGGAAUAUGCCUUUAAGACGUCUGCAUAUCCUGUGAUACUGUCUUUGGAAAACCACUGUGGUUUGGAGCAGCAGAAGGUCAUGGCUCAGCACAUGAUCUCCAUCCUGGGUGACGCUCUGGUGACCAAACCCCUUGGAGAUAAGAUGCCAACAUGUUUUCCUUCCCCUGAGGAGCUAAAGGGCCGGUUUAUAGUCAAAGCAAAGAGUCGGGGCAAACUUGAGGACAAAUUUUCAGAUGAGGAAAAAGCAGAAGAUGCAGGGAGUGUAACAGAGGAAGAAGAUGAUGAAGGCGAGGAAGAUGAAGAAAAGAAGGCUGAUAAAUCAAAGUCAAUGAAGGUGGCAAAGGAGCUGUCAGAUCUUGUCGUCUACUGUAAAAGCGUUCCUUUCCAUGGGUUUGAGGAUUCCAGGGAAAAGCAGUCGUUUUAUGAGAUGGCCUCUUUUAAAGAGAGUAAAGCUGUAAAACUGGCAGAGGAGAACGCAAAUGAAUAUAUUCGCCAUAAUACAGACAAACUCAGCCGCAUUUAUCCAUCUGGACUAAGGGCAGACUCUUCAAACUAUGAUCCUGUGCCUCUGUGGAAUGCAGGCUGUCAGAUAGUGGCCCUCAACUUUCAAACCCCCAGCACAGAGAUGGAUCUGAAUCAUGGCCUGUUCCUUAAAAACGGACAGAGCGGCUACAUUCUGAAGCCUCCUUACCUCCGAGACCCAGCAACCGAGUUUGACCCCAUCACUCUCACUAGAGGACCGUGGCUAAAUCAAAAAAACCUUCAUGUGAUGGUGAUCUCAGGCCAGCAGUUACCCAAAACAAAUGAAAAGGAGUCCUCCGUUGUGGAUCCUCUUGUUAAAGUGCAGAUCUACGGUGUGCCAGCAGAUACGAAUGAGAAAGAAACUGCAUACAUUGCGAACAAUGGGUUUAACCCCAUGUGGAAUGAACAUUUCCAGUUUGAAGUGUGUGUGCCAGAUCUUGCACUGGUGCGCUUUUUGAUCGAGGACCACGACUCAACCUCUGGCAAUGACUUUAUUGGGCAGUGUACGAUUCCCUUCAACAGCCUAAAAAAUGGAUAUCGUCACGUGCCUUUGUUCAACCAGAAUGGAGAUCUCCUGUCGUCAGCUAGAAUUUUUGUCCACAUCAUGGUUGUGGAUUCUGAAUAGAUUAUACAUUAGCACAGUUCAGACUGAAUCUUUUGUAUCACUAUGUUCAACAAUGCAGGUAUAACAGAGGUUAAAUGUGUCUUUUUAACUGGUCUGCAACAAAUGAGGCAGCUCUUAAUAUUGUGAAUUUAAUUUUUUUUUAAACAUCGUAGGAAUACUGCAACUGUGUCAAAGCUGCAAUAUGAUGGUCUUGCAUUCAACUACUAGAAUUUUUUACUUGUAUUUUAUGCUAUACAUUUCUGUGUGCCAAGUAGACUAUUAACACUACAAAUUUGCAUGCUGAAGAUUCACUUUCACUGGUUUUAACUGCUUUUUGAUAUUCGGAUUUUAGCAAAGGGGGUCAAUUUAGGACAUUUCAAUUUUUAUUCAGUAAUAUUUAAAUGCAUAUUCUUAAGUAAAGCCUGCAUAUGUUUUUAUUUCCCUUGUCUUUUAUGUAGUUACAUUACUGUAGUUGACUACAACUAUGAAGUACUUUGUCAUUCACCUAUUAAAACAUUUGAUACUCAAUCUUAAUAAGUGAUUCUGCCAACUGUACACUACCUUAAAAAAAGAAAAUAAACAUAAGUUAUUUUAAAAUGU